AUGGCAGUCACUCCUGAUCCUAAUACUUUUAAGGUUGAUGUCCAUAGUCAUCCAAUCCCCGAGUUCUAUCGGGAUGCUAUGGUUUCCGCCGGCUUUGCAACGGCUGACGACUGUUCAGUGAUCGUGGAUGGAUUUCACAUCCCAAACUUCGACAUCAAGACUUACAUGGAAGAGAGGGUUGAGCAUGGGUAUAACUACUCCAUACUGAGUAUAACUGCCCCAGGUGUUUCCUUCUUGCAUGGUAACUCACGUGCCAUUUGUCUUGCACGUAAAUUAAAUGACCAACUCUUUGAGUACACUCAAACAUACCCAAAGCAGUUGGGUGCAUUUGGUAUUCUACCGAUUCCGGACAUUCAGGGCUCGCUCUCCGAGAUCAAAUAUUGCUUGGAUGAUCUGAAGCUCGAGGGUAUUGGGCUAUACACCAACUACGAUGGGAAAUACUUAGGGGAUCCUUCUCUGGAUCCUAUUUUUGAGGAACUUGACCGUCGGAGAGCCACUGUCUUUGUGCACCCAACUAACCCGCCAACCGCACCAGACCUCCCAGGCAUGUCACUUCCAGUAAUUGAAUAUACUUUCGAUACAACACGAGCAGUGGCAAAUCUUCUGUUCACCAAAGCACGUCAACGCUUCCCUCAUAUUAAAAUGAUUUUCUCACACGGCGGUGGAGCGCUUCCCUUCCUGGCUGAACGUCUGGCAGUGCAAACCACUCUACCCUUUCACGGUGGGCGGGACCGUAGCGAAUCAAUGAAAGAACUGCAAAACUAUUAUUUUGAUACAGCUGUUGUUCUGGGCAACCCUCAGUUCUCAUCUCUAAAGGAAUUCGUUGGUGCUGAUCAGCUUCUCACUGGCUCUGACUACCCCUAUGUUCCUGGGCACCUUGUUCCGUCUAUACAAGAUUCUUUCAAGGCUUAUGAAGGCUUUACCGACGAAGAGAAGCAGAAGAUCGGAUGGAGAAAUGCAUUUGAGCUCUUUCCAAGCUUGAAAACCAAAUUUCUGGAAUUGAAGUAA